GGCGGGAGGGAGGGAGGGAGGGGCGCUGUGUUCUCUCCCGAAGGCGCUGGUGCUGAAGAACAGCUCCUGCUCCGGCCCCUCCAGCCCCCUAGAUAGUUGUCUGGGUCCUCUUUCGCCCUCCGUGGAGGAUUCUCCCUCCGACCCGAGGCUUGAGUGACAGCCGGGGAAGAGGAGAGGGAGGGGGGAGAAACCAGAGCCUCUCCUGCCUUGGAGCCACAGCCGGCCUCUCGUCCUCUCCCGUUCCCUUUCCCCUUCCCUCUCUCUCUCCAAAGAAGGAAGGAAGGAGCGGAGAGUCUCAGUCCCAGCAUCCACUGCCAGGACCACCGACACCGGGAACUUACAAGAAGAAAGUGAACCCCAGAAGAGUCGUGAAAACUUUGUUUCGCCUUCUGAAGGAUGUGGCUUUGACCUUCUUGGAAGUGGACUACUCAUCUGUUAAACAUUAAUGCUGUUGAGCUUCAUUACUAGAACUAACAACGUUGCUAUUUUGGUUGGCCUUGGUUUCCAUCUUUUGACAUCACAAUGAGUGGCAUCCUUCAAUACCUGGACCCACGGCGGAUCCAGUGGGGUGCCACCUGGUAUGCCGUCCAUUCCCGAAUCCUCCGCACCAAGCCAGUGGAGUCCAUGCUCGAGGGGACAGGCACCACCACCUCCCAUGGAACAAAACUGGCACAAGUGCUCACAACUGUGGAUCUUGUUUCACUCGGUGUUGGAAGCUGUGUUGGUACGGGAAUGUAUGUCGUUUCUGGGCUGGUUGCGAAGGAGAUGGCGGGACCUGGUGUCAUCGUAUCCUUCAUCAUUGCUGCUGUGGCCUCAAUCUUGUCCGGGGUCUGCUAUGCUGAGUUUGGUGUGCGGGUCCCGAAGACCACUGGCUCUGCCUACACCUACAGCUACGUCACGGUGGGAGAGUUUGUGGCAUUUUUCAUUGGGUGGAACCUCAUCCUGGAAUAUCUCAUUGGCACAGCCGCAGGCGCCAGCGCUCUCAGCAGCAUGUUCGACUCCUUGGCCAAUCACACCAUCAGCCACUGGAUGAUUGACAGCGUCGGGACCUUGAACGGGCUGGGUAAAGGUGAAGAAUCAUAUCCAGACCUCCUAGCUCUGGUGAUUGCAGUUGUUGUAACAAUCAUUGUUGCCCUGGGUGUGAAGAACUCUGUUGGAUUCAACAACAUCCUCAAUGUGAUUAAUCUGGUUGUUUGGGUCUUCAUCAUGAUUGCUGGACUUGUAUAUGUCAAUGGAGAAAACUGGGUUGAAGGGCAGUUCUUGCCAUUUGGAUGGUCAGGGGUACUACAAGGUGCAGCAACCUGUUUCUAUGCCUUUAUUGGAUUUGAUAUCAUUGCAACCACUGGAGAAGAGGCAAAAAGUCCCAACACUUCCAUCCCUUAUGCCAUCACUGCCUCGCUGGUCACAUGCCUCACGGCUUAUGUGUCUGUGAGCAUUAUUUUAACUCUGAUGGUGCCAUACAAUGAGAUUGAUACCGAAUCCCCCCUGAUGGAAAUGUUUGCAGCCCAUGGAUUCUACACCGCUAAAUUCAUUGUUGCCAUUGGUUCUGUGGCUGGCUUGACCGUGAGCUUGUUGGGCUCCCUCUUCCCCAUGCCUCGUAUAAUUUAUGCAAUGGCUGGUGAUGGGCUUCUCUUCAGGUUCUUGUCCCAUGUAAGUUCUUAUACUGAAACCCCUGUAGUAGCUUGCAUAGUCUCAGGAUUUCUUGCAGCACUACUCUCCUUGCUGGUAAGCCUGAGGGAUCUGAUAGAGAUGAUGUCCAUUGGCACACUGCUUGCGUACACUUUGGUUUCCGUCUGUGUUCUGCUUCUCCGCUACCAACCAGAGAGUGACAUUGAUGGCUUUGUCAAAUUUCUUUCUGAAGAGCAUACAAAGAAGAAGGAAGGGAUUUUAGCAGACUGUGAAAAGGAAAUUUGUUCUCCAGGAAGUGAAGGAGAGGAAUUUGCAGGUCCACCUACCAACACAUGUGGUGCAAAGAAUCUUCCAUCCUUGGGAGACAAUGAAAUGCUCAUUGGAAAGUCAGAUAAGACCACCUACAAUGUCAACCACCCUAACUAUGGUACAGUUGACAUGACUUCAGGAAUAGAAGCAGACGAAUCUGAAAACAUCUACCUGAUCAAGCUGAAGAAACUAAUAGGACCACGCUACUACACUAUGAGGAUUCAUCUUGGGCUACCUGGGAAAAUGGAUCGUCCCACAGCAGCUACUGGCCAGACUGUCACCACCUGUGUGCUCUUGCUGUUUGUCCUCAUGUUCAUCUUCUGCUCUUUCAUCAUUUUUGGGUUGGACUACCUGUAUGACCAAAGUUGGUGGGCAAUUCUCCUGGUGGUUCUGAUGGUCCUGCUGAUAGUUGUGUUGGUGUUUGUCAUUCUUCAACAGCCAGAGAAUCCCAAAAAGCUCCCUUAUAUGGCUCCUUGCCUACCUUUUGUCCCUGCCUUUGCUAUGCUUGUGAACAUAUAUCUUAUGCUGAAACUCUCAAAGAUCACAUGGAUCCGUUUUGCUGUCUGGUGUUUUGUGGGGUUGUUAAUUUACUUUGGCUAUGGCAUUUGGAAUAGUACAUUGGAAAUCACAGCUCGGGAAGAAGCUUUGCAUCAGAGUACAUACCAACGCUACGAUGUUGAUGUUGAUCCCUUCUCUGUUGACGAUGGCUUUGCCUACGCUGAGAGUGAAAACUACCAGGACUGGGAUCCUGCCGAUGACAAAGGUUUCUCUUACCAGCAGAUGUCGGAAACAAAGGAGAGCAGUCGGACAAGUAGCAAAGCAAAAAGCAAAAGCAAACACAAGCAGAACUCAGAUGCGCUCAUUUCAAAUGAUGAGUUAGACUACUCACCAGAGUAGAUAUGAUGGAAACCCAACCGUUUCACUCUGUGUCACUAAGCUAACCUUUGGGCUCAAUUCAAUGGCUUUGUUUUUUGCAUUCAUUUCAGAUGCAGCCUUUCUAUAAAUGUUCUGGUGUUUUUCCAGCAACUCCAUCACUCACUCUGUCACUUAUUUUCUGAUCUUCAGGAAGGUUCUCUCAAGUGCUUGUCCUGAAUCAACAGAAUGCCAAAUUAAACACACAAAAAGGUUUUGGAUUCUCAUCCCGUUCCACCCAAUGUCAUCAUCAAUAAUAGCUCUAUUUCACUGAAUGUUGUCAGGAGCUAACCUAUGAUAUAAACUAGUUUGGCCCACAAAAUCUUCCUGAGCCUAGGAACCAUAUCACCCAUGAGCCUUCUGUUGCAAUGAUGUAUAGUCCCAAUGGAAGCUGAACCCAGCAAAGUGAGUGCUUGAUAAAUACAGUGAGUUUCCAUUGGCAUAAUGCUCAUAUUCUGUGGGCUUUGCAAUACAGAAUGUUCAUGGCCAUCUUGGAGACCACUGACUAUUUGGCAAAUACUGGGAUUUGGUUCUCGGAAAACUCAUGGAUACUAAUAUCUGUGAAUGCAUUAUAUACAAUGCUGUAGUAAAAUGGUGUCACUUAUAUAAAAUGGCAAAAUCAAGGUUUGAUUUUGGGAUUUUAUAAAAAAAACUGUGGAUACAAAAUCCAUGGACACAGGAGGCCAUCAGAAUGUUACUCAUGGUUUGUCGACCUUUUCUAAAAGAAGGCAAACAUAGGGAGAAACAUCCAUAGAUAGAUCUUUUCAGACUGCAGGCACAGCAUUUCCCCUUGACAAUAGAUUGAGACAAGCCAGUAUUUCUUCUAUCAUAUCUAGAAAGCAAAUACAUCUCACUAAACAAAAUAUUUUCACUCUUUGACUUACCUGGCCUUUCCUUUGGAUUUGGUUUCAUGUGUUCUUGGUUGCUGUUCAUGCUUUCACAGAAGCUUUGAUUUGUUUACUGGUGAAUAAUAUUUCUUCACCACUUUACUUGAUUUCAGUGUCAACCAGCUGAAGUUUGUGCACUGGUUUUUUUAGAUGCUUCCUUUCAUGUAUUUAUUCAUUUCAUCAGUUGUCGAGAUUCUGUGAAUAAAAUAAUCUCGCAGACAGAACCCGGGCACAGUGGCAAUUUGACUCCCAUAAAAAUGGAUUCAUGACCAGCGAACUCACAUACACCAGUCUUGCUAGUCCUUAGCUCUUCAGACUCUUGAUGAAGGGGAAAGUUAUUUCCGUAGACAAUAAAAUAACUCCAUGCAUAUAGGAGGUCCAUUUCCCAUGAUAAUUUUUAUACUUGCAGAAAAACUUCAGUUGUUGCUUGCUACGUGCUUCUAUUGAGAGGGUGUUGUUGUGUGAUCUUUUUCUUCCUGUACGCAGUGGUACAGUCCAGCAAGAGCUAUACUGCAUGAUUCAGCUAUUCCUGUAGUUCACCACUAACUGAAAACACUGUUAUUCAAUAUAGGCAAAAGAGUAUAGUAUAUGUAAAAUGUGAUUAUUACACAUGUGAGCCUUAACUGGUGGUCAAAAUCUCAGUGUUAUAUUCCACAAUGCUUCUUAAUAAUAUGCACCAAAGCAACAUUCAGGAUAAAGUCAGAACCUCUUUGAUUGUAGCCAAUCAACAAGCAAAUCAACCUACUUGUUAAAUUCAUCCAUUCUCAUUCCAUACAAUCUGAAUCUUCUAGCAUGUUCACCUUGAAAUUUCCAUUUAUUGUUAAUAUUUUAUACACUGAUAGCAUUUUCGUGCUAUAUACGAAGUACUACACAUAUGCACACCAUGAGUCAACAGAGGCCGGAUUCAUUGCAAUGAUCUUGACUUCUUUUUACAUUCCAUCAAGUGAAACUCAACUCUUGUCUGUAGAAGAGACAUAUGUGGAAGCAGAACUACUUAUAACAAUUACUGGCAUUCCCUCUAUUGUUCUUACUUGUAUUCUUCUAAAGAUAGGUGUUGAGAACUUGUGGUCCUCCAGAUGUUAUAGGACUGUUGACCAUCAUGGCUGAUGAUCAGGAAUAAAUAUCCUGAGAGCCACAACCAUGCUUUCCAUAGGGGAGGCAGAGGUCAAACUAUAAACCAAAUCAAGGAUAGCUUUGGUCAUAAAUCUGGAACAGCAUAUCAACACACUGUCAUUUCUGAAAGAUUUAAAAUGCAAUGUUCUUGCAAGAUAGAAUAACACUGUUUCUUGGAUUCAUUUCCUAGUACAAAUAAUUGCUGCCCCUCACCAUAAACUAUGAUUAUAAUAUAUUUUCUUUAUAAUAAUGUUAACAGCCAAGUGUCCACAACAUUGUUCUGUACAAACAGUGUAUAAUAGAUAAGAAUAGAAAAGUAUCUGUCUUGAACUGGAGCCGUAUGGAGUGCUCAGUGGUGGCCGUGGUGGCCGUGGAGUCAUGAAGAGGAGGAGUGGUGGUCCUUGGCUGAGGUUCAUAUAAAGCAAAAACCAAAAGGAAUUUAGCAGAAGAAACAUUCACUAAAACAUGAGGGAUAGGCUCUGGGAUUUCUGCCAUUCAUUCUUUUCUACAAAACAUCUUGGCUGCAAAAAGAUAAAGCAGCUCUCUGCUUUAUUCUCAGCACCAGGCCUUAGAGUAAGGGUGGAAAAUAUGUAUGUUCUCCAGAUAUAGUCCUCCAAAAUCCAUCAUCCCAAGUCCUCAUGGCCAGGGGUGAUGGGAGCUGUCAAUCAACAUUAUCUGGAGGCCUCCAUGUUCCUCACAUGUGUCCCUAGAAAACUGUCCUAUUCCUACCACUUUGUUGGAUGAGAUCCUGAGUUGUCAGCUAUGAUGAUGGAGUUAUAUUUGUGUAGCUAUCUCUGACAAUGCCACUCACCCACCCACAAUCUUACCUCUUAAGCCAUGCAGUAACCCAAUCAAAGGGUUUCCAAGGCAUUGCUGAGACCAGCAUCCCAUCUCAACAUAGAUUGCUAUAGGGCACAUGAUAUCAAAAUUGCUCUUGCCUGUUCUGGAGUGAGAACCACUCUGCUGAAAUGAUACUCCAUGCUCAAUAUAAUAUUAGAAGAGCGAGGCCAGAACUUUGAUUAGUUAUAGCUGUGAAUGUGGGUUAGCCCUGCAUGGAUCUGGAUCCAACUAGUGACCAAUUCACAUAUUGAUCAAUGAGCUCAAUACUCCAGUCCUUUGACAGAUGGAAUAGCAGAAUGGUACAACCCGAAGGGGUGGGGGCACUCUUCCUGCAUGUUCCCCUGCCAUCUGAGGGUGCAAGAGAGGUGCCAGACCAUGAACUGGGCCACACCAAUAAUUCACCACACUUCCAAAUUCCCCCCAAAGGAGCCCUUCCAUUAUCGGUGAUAGAUGUCUCUGAUCCAGGACCCAUGCCAACUGCCCUGCCUCCCAAAAAGUGGUGUUAAAAGACAAGUAAUCCAACAUAUUCAAAAACACAACCCUAUAGGAAAUGUAUAAGCAGCUUCUCAAAUGUCAGGAAAGAAUGUUUCUGAAACAUGGCCAUACAACCCAGAAAACUCACAACAACCCAGCUUCUCAAUGACUACAGCAUGGGAAUGAGGUGCCACUGCUGAUAGGUCUGCUUAGCAUGUGUGAGGACAGGUCCUUUAAUCUCCUCCCACAAACCAUAUGAGGCCACUCCAGCCAAGUCUGUCAACCAAUGAAGUCAGACCAUUGUUUAAACCCAUUUGCUGGCAUUUUCUCUUUGCCCCAGCGCCUGGUGAUCUGCCAUGAAGAUGGACCACCCAGGCUCCUGCAAACCAGCAGCAUGAUACGUUGCACAGCUCCUUUAUCUCCAGGUUGUAUGUUUUUGUUAGUGCCUAUUGAACAUUCACUCCUGAGGCUAUGAAAGAGGACAUUUCCAUUCUGACUUAUAUGAAAUAAAGGAUGAGGAAACUGAGGUCCUGGACUAAAUCCAGCCUCUGGGAUUCACCAGAUGGAAACAUCUUCUUCCACUUGACAUCACCAUUUGCUGGAUUCACAUUUUUAAAAAUGCCUCUCUCGAGGUCUAGUUAGUCAAAAACAGCAAAAGCUUUAAAUUAACUUCUGAUGAUAUUUCACAUCUACCUUUUUUGUCCUCCCUGCCUCUACAAUGUACCUUUAUUUUUUUUUCUCAUCCUGCUUUGAUGAUGCUUUAUUCAAAACCCAAUAAAUGUCAUUGAUCUCCUAGACUUCCCAGACUUUGCCUGGAUAAUAGGUUACCCUAUUGAAAUGAAGGGCUUCCAGCCCAAUAAUACCAUAGAAUCAUGUUGAAGGACCUAGAAAAUGCCUAGAGGCCAUGUUUUGUUCAGAAGUAAAUAAAUGAAACCACUAGGACUGUUCCCACAGAAAUUGAGGUUGUAUUGUAUUUGGACAUCCUGAUGGAAUAAUGUUUCUGAUAACUCUAUCCUUAGUCUCAGUAGUAUUCCUCUGAGCAAAGAGAAAAGCAAUUUCUAGAAAUAAUGUUUGAAAUGUCUUUUUUCAGCAGUAGAAAUUUUAAAUUGCAUAACAUGUCGUAAACCCCACUGCAACCAAACAACAUAGAGCACGAAGACCUAGACAACACCAAUGAGCUCAUUUGACAAUCUUUGAGCUGCGAAGCUUACAUUCAGUAAUUGAGUAUCCAUGCAUCUUGAGAAAUCAAGCAUUUUCCUACUGGGGACAUUUUUCCCCACAUGGGAAGCUGAUUUCUAAGAACUGGAGAAGGUUAUCAAGUAUUUCUAAGGACAUCAGAAAGCAUUUGAACACAUGCUCCACAGGUUGUUGUGACAUUGUCCCAGUAUAGAAAAUCUAAGAACCAGUUUGAGCCUCUUAUAGACAGGAAGGAUUCUGAGUGUACAUUUGUAUGCACAUAGUACCAGCUUUGGAUCAAAAGUGGGUCCACCAUGUGCCUUUAGUAGAACUAUGCCAGAGAGAAGCUUGGCUGUUCACUCCUCUUCUUGCAUUAUAGUGAUUAUAGGUGCAGAACUUUGUGAAAUCUGGGCUUUGGAUGAAACUAGCUAUACCAAUGAUGCUCUUUCCCAAACAAACCAUAAAAGUGAUAUAUUGCUGAGAAAUAUCCAAUGAUGUGGUGGAGCAAGGUUCAUGUGAACAAAGCACUGGGGGUUUUCUUUUCUUAGGAAGGCUGAGAUGUGGCUUGCAAUGCCUUUCUGCUUUAUGGUGUAAGCCUCACACUAGCUGUAACAAGGGUUUUAUUUUUUAGCAAAGAUAUGGUUGUGAGUGAUCAGAUUUGUGGGAUGGCUUUUUCUGGAAUGGUUAAUUAAUCAAGCAAGCAUGGUGUAGUUCAGUUGUUCUCAACCUGGGGUCCCCAGAUGUUUUGGGCCUACAACUCCCAGAAAUCCCAGCCAGUUUACCAGCUGUUAGGAUUUCUGGGAGUUGAAGGCCAAAAACAUCUGGGGACUCCAGGUUGAGAACCACUGGUGUAGUGGUUUGAGUGCUGGACUAAGAUUCUGGAGACCAGGGUUUGAAAUCUUGCUCAGAUAUAGAAAUCCACUGGGUGACCUUGAGUAAGUCAGACUCUCCCAACUUCAGAAGGCAAAGGCAAACCCUCUCUGAACAAAUCUUACCAAGAAAACUUCAUGAUGGAUUCACCUUGGGGUCUCUAUAAGUUAGAAGCAACUUGAAGGCACACAACACCAAUUAGAAAUCAUUAGCUUUAGAAAAUAUGUAUUUCUACUGAAGGUAAAGUUGCUAGUGGUGUGUUUUUUUAUGGAUCAACAGUACUUGCUGCAUUUUUUAAAAUUCUCCUCGGGGGUCUGGCAAUGAGAACUCUCAUGAUGAGCAUCUGUACUUCCAGAAUGAUAACUUCUCCACUCUAAAUACCUCAACUAAUUCUGGGUACUUGGAGCUGAUUCACACAUUUCUCUGUUCAUCGCUUGACGGCAGUGUCCUCAAGUGGUGACUUGCAUUUCUGAAAGAGCCAUCUGUGAUCAAAUGGUCCAGAUGGAAUUUCUGUAUCACCUCAUGUUAUCUCAAAUGCAGUGCUUUGCAAUGGAGUAAGUCCGUACAAUUGAAAAAUGAGAUCAGUGUGUCUGCAUGUGUUUAAACCGGAUCCUCAAGAGGUUUUGUUGUAUUUCUGUACACAUUGUGCAUCAGGAGAUAUACUGGAUACAGGUUGUGUAUAGCCCUUAGAAGGGAGGUACAUUAAGGAAUGCUUCCUUUGAUACCUUCCAACCUUCCCCUUCUGUAAAAAUUGAAGGAACUCCUUGAGAAGCUGUUUGUAGAGCCGCUAUCCCCAAAACAGACCAUAGCAAUGGGAAAGUGAGCAACUAGAAUGAUUUUGCUACAAGUGUCUGCACUUAAACUUCAUUGCUGCAAAAGACUAUCCAUCUGUGUGUCUGACAAUGGCAUUUGUGUUCUACUCUCAAUUUGUAAAAUAUCUUUCCUACUGUUAAUUUCAUUUGGUCUCUACAUUGUCCAACUUGCAAUUCCUUUAUUUUUGUUUUUUAUUAAUUGAUUUCUUGCAGGUGGCAUUUCUUGCUGUAACACUUCUCUGCAGUUCUGAUAUAAACUUGAUGUAUUUGUUUAAAAGGACAAAAAAAACACAACACCUUUGUUUUCUUACGUUAUGUUAUUUAUUUAUUUUGGUGUUUCCUAAACCCCAUUGGUGCACUAUGCAAUGGGAAUUUUUGUGGUGGUGUCUUGAUGAAAGUUUAUGCCGAUAUCUUCAUGGAGUGACUUUUAUUUUGGGAAUGACUGUGUUGUUGACUAUUAUAUAAAAUAUAUAAAUAUAAUGACUUGUUGAGAAACUUGGAAAAGAAAUCGAAAUUUACCAAAUGUGUAUAUUUUAAUAGAUGCAUAAAGCUUCAUUGUGUGCCUUUAUAUUUACAAAAAAAAUAAAAACGUGGGUUUAUAAAGAAAGCCAGAAACAGGAAACACCUUAACCAAACUGUCCGUAGGUUUGAAAUGAAAUUUUAAACCAAAAAAGGUGGGGCGGGGGGAAUCCCACAGUCUCUAUAUUGAUAUAUCCAAAUAUUUGUUAAAUUUACCAGUAUCUGAAGGUAUGAUAUUUUUCAAUGCUAAAAUGAAUUAAAUAUAAACAAAUCUUGCCUUAA